UCACAUCACGUCUCUCAUUUCGAUCCCUGGCUUACUCGAGCAGUCCAGAUAAAAAGACCCAACGACUAACAUUGAAUUCCACAUGUGAUUCUAAAUUACAAUAAUAUUCUACUCCCAACUAAAAUCUCUUAAAUUAUCAUCUGAAAUUUAUGUUGAACUCUUGUCAUAUACUCCUCUCCUUGUAAACGCAAAUCCUACAUAGUGUUAAGCUUAGCAUCAUUUCUUGAGUUGCUCCAACACUUUGAGAGAGUGUAUUAGUGCAUUAGUUUACACUGUUGCUGCACAAUUUCCAAGUUUUAGAUGGAGCUACUGCUGGAUGAUGAUUCAACAUCCCUUGGUUAUUGGUUGAACUGGAGAUUCUUUCUUUGUGCACCAAUAGUCAUUGUAUCCAUGUGCGUAGCAGCAUUUAUAAUUUGGAAAUAUGAAUAUUCAGACCAUUCUGAACCUGAUAGUAAAGGGAAUGGGCAAGAGAGUUCAGGGCUUUGGUAUGCUGAUGAAGUUUGGAGGCCGUGUGUGCAAGAGAUUCAUCCAAUAUGUUUGAUGACUUACCGAAUUAUCGCAUUUUGUUUGAUUUUGACUGCACUUAUUGUUGAUAUUGCUGUUCAAGGACAGAGCAUGUUCCAUUAUUACACACAGUGGACUUUUACUUUAGUUGCCAUCUAUUUUGGGUACGGAUCACUGCUUUCUAUACACGGAUGUUUCCAGCAUCACAAAUCACGCACUGUAUACAAGUUUAAUAACAAUGAGGCCGAUGCAGAAAAAGGACCUUAUGCCUCUCUUGCAUGUGGUGAAACUUUAAACGGGGUGCAAGAGAAAAAAGCCCAAAAUUAUCAGGAGAAAUAUUAUGUUUUCAGAACUGCACUUGAUUGUGGUCAUGCAUUUCAAGUUAUGUUCCAGAUGACUGCUGGUGCAGUAAUGCUUACAGACUUUGUUUAUUGGUGCAUAAUCUUUCCAUUCCUCACUGCCAAAGAUUACAAAUUAAGUUUUGUAAGUUCUUUGUGGGUUUUAACUUAUCUUUUGACAGUCGUUGAGCAUUCUUUGAAUGCCAUUUUGAUCCUUGGUGAUACAGCUUUAAAUGGCAUGCGGUUUCCCUGGUUCCGGAUAUCUUACUUUGUCUUAUUGACCGGUGUUUAUGUCAUCUUCGAGUGGAUUGUCCAUGCCUAUGUUUCAAUGUGGUGGCCUUAUCCAAUUCUCGAUUUGUCCCAACAAUAUGCUCCUUUAUGGUACUUGAUUGUUGCAUUGCUGCACCUUCCAUGCUAUUCCCUUUUUGCAUUGAUUGUUAAAGCAAAAUACUAUAUGUUGUCCAGAUGGUUUCCUCAGUCUCUUGAAUGCCUAAGAUAGUUUAUCUUUUCAGCAAGAGAAAGGAUAUGAGUGGUACACUAAUACUGUGUAAAAGAAAAAGAAAGUUUAUAUUUUUAUACAAAAGCAAAUAAUUGGAUAGUAUUCUUAAAGAGGAUGUGUAUUUUUGCGAUAGCAAUGAAGUGAAAGUUGAUUUAAGCAACAAACUCUGAAACUGUAGUUGUAAACGAAGCUAAAGUUCCAACUGCAUCUGCAGAUGAGAAUAGAUCUCUUUCUCUUUGGGUUAGCA